AUGACCAAGAUCGAUGCUGUCAAGGAGCAAACAGGCGUCGCCUCCAACAAGGAACCCCAAGGGAAUUUGCAAGCAGCUUUGGCCCGUACUGCUACGAGGAGUCUAGCUCUAUACUUUUCAAGACCUGUAAGACUAUUUCGGCCCUCAAAAGGUAGCGUAAAUCUGUCCAUCUUCUAUAAGAAUACGUGGCAAUUUCAUUUCUCAGUCUCCGGAUGGCAAACUUUAAGAGGAUUGGCAGAGAAGCAUGGCUCGUCUCUCAAUCACCGAUUUCUGUCGACGUUGGUCAAGGACCAAGGAUUCCUGGUGAUACCUAAACAUUUCAUUCCGCCUAUGAUGGUAAAUGCCGUCCUAGGUACCGUUCUCUGGACGACUUAUGUGGACGCUUCUGCGACCCUCGAACCGUACCUUGGCCCACAUCCAAUUAUGAAUGCGGCGUUGUCGGGGGCAAUAGCAGGAGGCGCUCAGGCCGUAGUCGCUGCGCCGGCGGAAAAUGUUCGGCUCCUACUAGAAGGCGGAACCGUCUAUCAUUCGUGGUCGCAUGCGUGGAAAGAAGUAUUCCGGGGUACGCAGUCAAUUCCCUCAGCUUCAAGAGAACAGAACAUAGAAGAAAUUCGUGAAGUUAGAAGUUGGAUGAGAGAAGUGGGUGAAAUGGCGGGUCGCGGGUGGGACGGCUGGGGCUGGGGCUGCGCUAAAGACAUGUGCGGGUUCGCAGUAUUUUUCUCGAUAUUCGAAAUCACUCGACGCAUCUCUGUUUCAGCAAAAGAAGCCGCACAUAACCUAAUCGCUUCCAGACUUGCGAUAGAGUCACCGAGCGAAAAACGGAAAGACACACUUGCGAGGCAGCUUCCACGGACUGUCCAUGGUGUCACGCUUGUUACGGGAGGGGUUAUAGCUGGCUUGGCUUAUGAGUUUGUUGGUCGACCUUGGGAUAAUGCGCGACGGACCGUGCAACUGGAUCUUAUUUCAUCUGACCAUGCUCGCGGGAAACAUUCACCAUUCAUAGUUCUCUUACACAAAUUUCGCGAAGAGGGUCUCAUCUAUUUCUUCCGCAAUCCGUACAAAGUGGUAGACCACUCACGUUCGCUCAGUCCUUUCCAGCGUUGUCUUAGUAGCGUGUUAAGGACUUUAGGCCGUGUUGGACCAUGGGGCGUGGGGUUCUUAGCCUGGGAAGCUUACAGUAGCUCAUAG